CGGCUCCCGCGGAGACAUCCGGGGCUGCCGGUUGUUUGCCCGGCGGGACAAGAUGGCGGUGGAGUCGCGGGUCACGCAGGAGGAGAUCAAGAAGGAGCCUGAGAAGCCGAUCGAUCGGGAAAAGACGUGCCCGCUGCUGCUUCGCGUCUUCACCACCAACAACGGGCGGCACCACCGCAUGGACGAGUUCUCCCGCGGCAACGUGCCCUCCAGCGAGCUGCAGAUCUACACCUGGAUGGAUGCAACUCUGAAAGAGCUGACCAGCUUAGUGAAAGAAGUCUACCCAGAGGCACGGAAGAAGGGCACACACUUCAAUUUUGCCAUUGUUUUUACAGAUCUCAAGAGGCCUGGCUAUAGGGUGAAGGAGAUCGGCAGUACCAUGUCUGGCAGGAAGGGCACAGAUGAUUCCAUGACGUUGCAGUCUCAGAAAUUCCAGAUAGGAGACUACUUGGAUAUAGCAAUUACUCCUCCGAAUCGAGCACCGCCCCCCUCAAGCCGCAUGAGGCCAUACUGAGCUGUUGCUGCUUGGUAUGAGGAUAUUUCCUCUUUAUUCCUACUUGCUGUUCUAAAGCAGGCUUUUUUUUUUUUUUGCUUUUGUUGCUAAGCAAGUACACCUGAAGUUGAGCAUCAGAAACAAAGCUCACUUUUAAACCUUAACAUAUAGUUUGUUUAGCAGAAACACUUACCUUUAGCAAUGCCAUUGUCCAAUCCCAGAUAGUCAGAGCUUGAACAGUAAGUCUGCAUGUCCAGUGUCUCGAGAUGAGAAGGAUGACAGGUGUCUGUAGCUCUCUUGUUUGGAAUAAAGGUGUUAUUAAUCUUUUUGA